GUAAAAGUUCAUUCGUUACGUUCAGUUGAUAGUGUUUGAUAACACGGCGAUAUGACAACCAAACCAGAUUAUCAGCGAACAUACGGUGCAUACGGCGACGAACCUCACCAACAGUACAGCCCCGCCUCGCAGAGCGAAGGGGCGGUGCCCUCUCCCCACUCACGAGCGGCUACGCCUCUCGAAUGCCUUACGUACACCACCGAUGUGGAUCAGGACAAUUACCAGACCCUGGUUAGAGCAGAUGGAAGGUAUAUGCAGAGCUUCACAUUGGAAGAGGUCCCUCUUGAAGAAGCGAAUGGAACGGAAUACCUCCAGCUUGUUCCGACAACGAUGACCAAUGGUUCACCUCACGGAAGCGGCACACCCAGUCCUGGAACACCAACGAGAGCAUACAAUCUACACAGUACAAUACAAACAACCGAUGACCACCACGCUACAAUAGAAGGGUCCCAUCUGACCCAGCUCACCUCCCACAUAAGUUACACGGGUGUUGUUGGAUUGAACUCUGGAACUAGCAAUACUAUGUCAAGUCCUAUGUACUCCAGAGGCCCUAGUGCUUACACAACAGGGACGAUGCCUUACUACAACAGUGGCUCGCCAGAAUUGACCACGCAAUCAUCACAAUUAUGGACAAAUUCAGGUGUGAAUUCUUCCGGCAAUUUGACCAUUGGAGAAGACUACACCAAAGUAACCACAUCGUCGGCAGGAAGUACAUUACCAGGUUUCAACAGGUUACCGUCUACGUUCCACACUAGCAACCACAACCCUAGAAGUAGUACCCCAUACACUCUACCAAGCUCCUCCCUAUAUGGAGAAUGGACGGCUUACGAUCAGUACGGUCUCAACUCAGCGGCCCAAAGAAGUAGGCCUAUUUCGGCCGCUGCGUGUAUUUCGGCAAUUGAUCCCCGCACGGCGGAGUACUUCACCGAAGGUAGGGAAUGUGUGAAUUGCGGGGCAAUCGACACCCCGUUGUGGCGCAGAGACGGCACCGGCCAUUAUCUUUGCAACGCGUGCGGCCUCUACCACAAGAUGAACGGCAUGAAUCGGCCUCUUGUCAAGCAGCCUCGCAGAUUGUCGGCAUCUCGACGUGCUGGUCUCACUUGUACGAACUGCCACACCAGCACCACGUCUUUGUGGAGAAGAAAUACUCUUGGAGAGCCAGUUUGUAACGCUUGUGGUCUCUACUACAAACUUCACAAUGUGAACAGGCCCAUGUCCAUGAAAAAAGAUAGUAUACAGACCAGAAAACGGAAACCAAAAGGUAGUAAAGAAAGUAAUUCAAGCAAUAAUCAAAUGCCUAGAAAUCUCACGACUUCAUCCCUUCAAUCAAUCAAGAUGGAAGACGUAGGUGUGAAAUUGGAACAUAAUGCAUUAGAUAAUUACAACGAUCUGAGAUCGCUCAACCAAAUCCACGCAGCCUCCUCUUCCAACUACGUCUACUCCACUCAGUCUCAUCAACGAUUGAGCCCUUACUCGUCUCACUCACCUCAAAUGUCGAACGCUCAAUACUACGAAUCGCUGCUCCAACCGUCGACUCCUAGUCCGCCGUCCACCACCUCAGAAAGCCCGACGACGUCUCCCCACAUCAUCAACCUCAACAACAACGGCGCCAAAGUCAUCAUCAACGGCGAACAUGUAUCCAUCGAUCGGCCUACCGUAGUUUCGCUGUCCUCGUAGAUUGUUUUACUUAGCUGGUCCCGAAAUUUCGGGAGUGGGAUAAUCGUAGAACUGGGAGAGUGAACAGAAUGAUGGUGUUUUGUCAGAAUGAUGGUGGUUCUGAAAAAAAAACGGAUUUAGUGAUAUUUCAACAUUUUCUUGAAUACUAUCCGCAAUAAAAUAAAAAAUGUAUU